AUGCAAAUUCGUCGUCGGUGUCGACGUUAUUACCUAUCUCAAACCUCACUGUUAUUCUUGACCAUUGUUUCGACAUUUCUCACUAUGAUGUUCUUCCAACGAUACUUUUCCAAUAUUUUUCUUCCGCAACAGUAUGAAAUCGAUCAAAUCUUUCAUAUCGACGAAACUGAUCUUGAUGAUGCACGUAUAUUACCAACCAAAAACAUUCACUUGAUAUCCAAAGACUACUUCAAUGCUACACAAUUAACGUGUCAAUACCCUAAACUGUCCAUCGAUAAUCCUAAUAUAUGGCAAUAUUUACAGCCAGUGAGAAAAUCCAAACCUGAUUGCGAAAAAGCGGCUAAUUGGGUUUAUGUGGAAAAUGGAACAUUUCGAUUAUCUCAACAAGCUUUACAGAAACAUGGAGCAAUUGUUUGUGCUUAUCGUCCAAUUCUCCGGUCAAAGGAUGAUUUCUCUACGAUGGAAGGUGCUCGAUUAUUCCCUAUUGUUGAUAAAAUGCCACUUGUAUCUGACUUUUUCCGUGCCGAUUGUCGAGCACGUGACGGAAGUUUCUAUUCGAACAUUCAUUCAGGUAUUAUGUUCGAUGCUGGUCUACAUAUGAGACAUAUUUGGAAUCCAAUGGUGAAAACCCAUUUAGGUUAUAAUGUGUUAAUGUUUGGCUUUGAUUCCGUAUCGCGAAUGACUUUCAUGCGUUUUCUACCGAAAAGUUAUAAUUAUUUAAUCAAAGAACUCGGCAGUAUUGUAAUGAAAGGAUAUAACAUUGUUGGUGAUGGAACACCGGCAGCUCUUUUGCCGAUUCUGACUGGUAAAACAGAGCGAGAAUUGCCCGAAGCAAGACGAGGUCACACUGGCGCACAAACUGUAGAUCGAUUUCCAUGGAUCUGGAAGAAAUUUAAAGGUAAAAGACAAUUAUCUUCCGAGAAAACACAUGUAAUCUAUUGA